CGGCAGGACUACUCAGUGCCACCUCCUUCGACUUCUUUUUUUUCUUCUAGGUCUUCAAUGUCGAAGCGUUCUCGCGUGAUCGCGCAGCCUGCGCGAUACUUUGUUGCUUCACACGCUAAGAGAGCUGAUGACAUUUUGAGAAAGAUAGAGAUGGAGGCUGAUCAUCUUGGACUUCAUGCACAACCGCAGCGAGGUCACAAUCGUGAUGGUGUUGCUCACAGAAAGUCAAGCUCUCACCAUCGUUCCAAGCCGGUCGGCUAUCGGGGCGACAUCGGAGCGGGGGGUGGUGGUCUGGCCGAUCAUCUUCAGAACCACGAGGUACUUCUGUAUUAUUUUGCGUAUUCACAUGAUUUAAUCCAGCUUCUGCAAUUAUUAUUGAUCUAGAAGAAAAAAAAGCGAGACACCCUUAUUCAGUAAUGAAUGAAGACCAUUCAUAAGUCAAGCACUUUUCCAGUAUAUUAUUCUUUUUCUGCAGUUACUGAAGGUGAAGCGCCUUAUCAUUCAGUACGAUUCUUCUUCAGGUACCUUCGUCUGCAAUGGAUGUCGAGCUUCGACGGAGUGCCCAGAAUGUAACUGAUCAAGAUUAUCAUCCUGAGCCCAUGACUGUGGAUCAUCAGGAAGAGCCUCCUCACCAACGCCAAGAUGAUAAACCACCUGCAGACGUACUACGCGAUACAUCUUCGGGCGUAGAGAAUAAGAAAACGGUUUGCAUCAUGUCAACGGAGAACCUUCCUUUCGCGGGCACGCAGAAUGAUCACGCAGAUGCAAACACAAGUGCGACAGGCGCGAGGUCUUCUUCUAUUCGGUGCUUAGUAGCGUCUGGAAGUCGUGAUGAAGAUGGCGCUGAUCUUUGGCAGCAGCACGUAAUGUCGCGAAGCGCUUUCUCACGGCCUCGCUUUACUACUACCUUGUCGAUGUUCUCUUCAAGUAAAAUUCUAUGUGAUCCGCUUGAAUCCAAGAGCUCUCUCACUCUCUUCUCGAAAAGUACACGAGCGGACUCCGUAGAACUAUGCGCGUCUCCGUCUUCUGUAGCAUCUGACAUAGUGAUGGCUCCUGCAGUUGCAAAUCAAAAGAAGAGUAGCACAGACCAACUCCUUUCACUCGAACAACAAAGAAGUUGGGGCCCCAUCGUCGGGCAUCCGGAAACGUGUGGAGAGGACAUCGACAUGGAUGCUGCAGUCCCACCUCAAGCAUAUGAGACUACCAGUAAGACAAAGACUCGUGCUAUCGCCGGACCUCAUAGGAGCGGCAUGACCUCAAAGAAAAGGAAAAAGCUUGCUACCACUGCGCAUCAAAAAAGUAGCAAGAUCACUCGAAAGAAGAAGGAGAAGCAGAGAGUGAAGAUCAUCGUGCCUGAUGGGAAAGCUGAUCAUAAUGAUGGACAAUCCCCUGUAUGGCUGAAGGACUUUGCAGAGAAAAGUAAGCAGUCACAGGCUUCGAAUUCGCAGCACAGCUCAGCAGUCUUUAAUACUAGUAGUUCAUCUGCGUUCGUGAGUACUUUUAGUCAUACCGGAGCAGCUCUUCGGGAAGUUCCUCUGGGUGAUCAUGACGUAGAGCAGCAGCCGGCACUGGCAGGCUUGGGAAGGAAGAAGCGUAGUCGCUCAACACUGUCCACGCAUCUGCUUGACAAUUACAUUGAUAACGAUGAUGACGCAAGCAUGCUGCUUUCAGUUUCAGACGCUGCGCUAGAAGUCUGUGGUGGUGUUGAUCUUGAUGUUGAACCUGGUGAGUUUUAUUCUGCGUCGGCCAUAGAAUCAAGAUCGUGCUCGCGAAUGUCGUUGUCUCGUUCUGCAACACCCAUCGACCAUGAAAUGCAUGAUGUCUCAAAUGCUGCAGCGGACUCGCAGGAGCUCACUAUGGCGACAUCAUCAUCAAGCUUUAGGUCUAUUAUUAUAUAUAGUUACUGGCAUUAAAAAACACUUAGAGCACCUUCCUGGUAGUGGGGGUGUUUUUUCUGCCAAGAGACGGCGUGGCUUAUUCUAAUGCCAUAGGCAUCAUUGAAUGCCCGAUCUGCCUGUGCUUUUAUUCAUUCCUUUCACGGUAAACUUUCUUUCGAUAGGCAAGCCUCUAAUUGUAAUUUGCAGAUGCAGGCGGAUGGAAGUUUGGACGAUGAUGGAGGCGCUCCGGAUGCUUUGAUGCCUAGUCAAGACGUCGCCGUGCCGAUCUUAGAGGAUUUAUCUGCUACACCACCCCGAGACCGCAAACGCGCAUCCGCGGUGCACUGGUCUCCAGAUCGAGGCCGGAAGGAGAUUGAGAAGUGUGAGCCUAUAGUUCAAUUCUUAGCAGGAUUCAGUACUCGCAACGUGGUCGCUGGUACUCUGUCGAGCUUACGUUCCAACGCAGUAGACGUCAUCGCCCGGCUCAAGAUCUGCAGACGCUGUUCAGGCCAUUGCUCGCCUGCGACUAAGAAGAAGCUCGAGGAACUGCUGCACCAGGCAAAGCUCGGCCGGCAGCGAAUCUGCACCAACAUGAAUAAGAAACGACUGAAACAACAGCAGUCGCAAUAACGGGCUGCCGAAAUUAUCUAGAUACGACAAAGAGAUCACGCUGAGAACUGCAGCCAUCGAAUAAUGCAACAACAACAACUGAUUAUAAUCUUAUAAAUAUCUCAUUAUUACACAGAAAUGCUCUUCGAUUGAUGGAAGGCUUGAAGUGACUAUCUUUGCAGAUGCUGUUCUUAUUGAUUGAUAUCGUACGGGCUACGGCAAGACCUAUAAUCUACGAGCUCCGCCACUUCAUUUGCUUUCGUUUCUGUAUCUUGUUUUAGAACAUUGACUUUUGAUUUACGUAUCUAUGGAAUGAACUACAUCUUUUUGAGUUUCUUGUAGGUGUGUGAGUAACAAAAAGCUCCCAGCUAUCGAUGUUCUUCUCUGCCAAAAAUAAUGAAUUGUAUGAUUAUGAGAAUCAUACUCUUACUCAUAGCAAGCGAAUGCUUCGCCGCAGGUGGUACGUAAUGAAACUUGGACUGUGAUGUACUGAUGUAGAAACACGUGGAUGGACCCCAUCUGAUACCCAUUAGGCAACGGAAUGCUUUUGAUCUCGACGCAAGUCGUAGCUAUCAUGUAGAAGGCGACUGAUUUAUACGCACGUCGCGCGAUUUUCUAUCAUAGAAGUUCUAUGCUGCAUGUGAUGAAAAUAUGAGAAAUAACAGCUGUCAGCGAUAAGAAGACUGACUCGUGCUGGCUCAGACGCGUCAGCCAAUGAAUGAAUACGAAAUGGGUGCUGCUAGUCGUGUCUUUGUGUUGGAGAAAUCAACUGCACACAACGUUAAGAAGGAGAGCUUGAUUGUCAACGGUGCGCAUCAAUUUCAGAUUGUCCUUAUCCG